AUGGAUGAAAACCAAACAGAAGUGACAGAGUUUGUUCUAGAAGGCUUCUCCCAGACACCAGCUGUUGAGGCAGGGCUGUUUGUAUUAUUUCUCUUCUUUUAUGUGUUCACUUGGAUAGGCAAUGUCCUCAUCAUGCUCACAGUGGCUUCUGAUAACCACCUGAACUCAUCCCCCAUGUAUUUCCUUCUUGGCAAUCUCUCUUUUCUAGACUUAUGUUAUUCCACUGUAACUACUCCUAAGCUCUUGGCUGACUUUCUUGAAAAUGAGAAGCUCAUCGCCUUUGAUCAAUGUAUUGUGCAGCUUUUCUUCCUUCAUUUUGUAGGAGCAGCGGAGAUGUUCUUGCUCACUGUGAUGGCCUAUGAUCGUUAUGUUGCAAUUUGCCGCCCCCUGCACUACACCACUAUCAUGAGUCGGAAGUUAUGUUGCUUCUUGGUAGGUGCUUCCUGGACUGGGGGAUUUGUGCAUUCCAUUGUUCAGACAAUCCUUACUAUUCAUUUGCCCUUUUGUGGACCAAACCAUGUGGACAAUUUCUUUUGUGAUGUCCCUCCAGUCAUCAAACUUGCCUGUGCUGACACUUUUGUCAUUGAAUUACUAAUGGUAUCAAACAGUGGACUGAUCUCAACUAGUUCCUUUAUUGUUCUGAUUUCUUCCUACACCACUAUCCUGGUCAAGAUUCGGUCCAAGGAAGGAAGGAAAAAGGCACUCUCCACUUGUGCCUCUCAUCUUAUGGUGGUAACACUCUUUUUUGGACCCUGUAUUUUCAUCUAUGCUCGGCCUUUCUCCACUUUCUCUGUGGACAAGUUAGUGUCUGUGCUCUACAACGUUGUUACUCCCAUGCUAAACCCUCUCAUCUACACGUUACGGAACAAAAAUGUCAAGUCAGCCAUGCGGAAACUGUGGGAGAGGAGUGGACUUACUAGGAAAACACAAGAGGCGUAA